AUGGUAGUCACGGAGGAGGAGCUGGAGCCUGCCCAUCCCACAAACGGGCAGACUGAGGACAUCGAGCGUAGAUUCGUGCUGCUCCAGGGCAUCGAGAGCUCAUAUAACUUGGGGUCGACCUCUCAGCUCUCAGCUCUUCCUGCUCACCCACUACCACCCGCAAAGCUCCGGCGAAGCGAUCUGGCAGCGUCUCCCGAGAAGUUCAUCCCGAUCGUCGGACUCUCCAAGUAUCCGUACAAGUUCUGCAGCAAAGACUGCAUGCAAGUCAUUGCCUCGGCUUUCUUCGACCAAGGAAAGUUCUGGGCUCGUGAGUGGGAUCUGUACUAUCUUUGGGACAUUGAGGAGUCAAAGCCUCUCAUCCUUGUUCACGAGGGCCAGGUUGACGACCUCUUCAAGGAGAUCAACACCCAUUUCAAUUUCGAACUCAAGAUCACCAAUUCUCACCGUGAAGAAGGGCUUAUCCUUCGUUUUCCAGACCACCCUCGUUGCCGUCCACGAUAUCUUGGCCGAUCACACACCAGGGAGGAGUACAGCAGUAUGGUGGAUCAGGUCCCACACGUCAGCGUUUGUGCGCCUGGCGAGCCGAGUCAACCUUCGCUCGAUACGGACACGAUCGAAGCUUUUAGGCAGAUGAUCGAGGAUGCGUGGGAGAUCACGAAGAACAAGGGCAAGGCUUCAAAAGAGAAGAAGAGGGUAGACCGUUUGAAGAAGCAGAAGGUGUUCACUGAUCAACUUAAGCGGGCGCAGCGUUACCUUGGACUCCGCCCGAGUGCGCCCGAUGGACCAGCUGCACCCGCAGCAAUCCCCGCUGUCGACAUUGCCAGCCCCGCACCCUUUCCACAUGAUCUAUCGGUCGUCUUCGUCUGCGUAGAUGUUGAGGCAUAUGAGAAGGAUCACAGCAAGAUCACGGAAGUCGGCAUUGCGACGCUUGAUACCCGGGAUAUCAUGCGUGUAGCUCCAGGAAAAGAUGGCAAGGCAUGGAGGAAACUAAUAAAGGCUCGACACUUCCGCGUCAACGAAUAUGCUCAUUUGGUGAACUCUGAUUAUGUUGCUGGCUGCCCGGGUAGUUUCUUCUUUGGCGAGUCAGAGUUCAUACCACUCAAAGACCUUCCUGCUGCCGUCGCGGUAUGCUUCACGCCGCCAUUCUGCGCAAAUCACGACGGGGGCUCGGAUGUUGGAGAUAGCGACACGCGCAACCUUAUCUUUCUGGGCCAUGAUACCCUCACGGACGUCAAAUAUCUCCAGGCUAUUGGAUUCGAUCCGCUGGCUCUUCCCAACCUGCUUGAGGUUCAAGACUCAGCGAAUCUAUAUCGUGUGUGGCAACGUCAAGAACAGAUCACGAGUUUGGGAAGGAUCUUGGAGGGUUUGAAAAUCGACGGUUUUGGGCUCCAUAACGCAGGAAAUGACGCUGUUUAUACGGUGCAGAGCUUCCUAGCCAUAUGUGUGCGUGAAGCGUCGAUUAGGAACACGCCGGAGGUACAACAGAUAUGGAACGACCGGAAGGAGUCAACGAUCGCCUUCGAGCAGGAGGAGCUGAGAAGUGACAUCGAAAAGGAUGCGAAGGUGUGGGAUGACCUUGAGGCCAAUAGUGAUGGUGGCGAUCCUGUUCCCAUCGCGCUGAAGAAGUCUGCGACUCCUAAGGCUGAAAAGGCUGCUCCAGCUCAGGUCAACGGCGGAGACCACGAUGAGCAAGGCGAAGGCAGCGGUACUUCUGUUUCUGUUAAUGUUGGAGGCUGCGACGGAUAUGGUAGAACCAACGGUGCCCAAUCUCACGGUGGCGUGGAAUGCAGCGCCGGUAUACGCGACAAUUCGGAUGGCUGGGGUAGCUCGGCGGCAUGGUGA